CUAAGAUUUAUUAGUCUCAAUAAUUUGAGUUGUUAGAAAAGUUUCUAUAAUAAUGGAUCUUAUACAACAUAUUAACUUUCAAACGAAAGCUACUCAUCAUAUGAGAUUAAAGUUUGCACAGAUCUGGAAUACCAUGUGUUUAACAAACAAAGUCUUUGAAAUUAAUCGAACAGAAGACCUCUUGAUCGAUCACAAAAAUCUCUGAUAUCAUAUAAAGGAACAAUAAAUCUCAAUAACUCGAGUUAUCAAGAGAGAUUCAAUGAAUCUUAUACUAAUUAAAUACUAAAAAUAUCUAGAUAUAUCUCUCUAUAUAUGCAUGUGCUACACAGCUACAUUAAACAUAAUACACCCGAUUACAUCUCCAUUAUUGUUGGGGGUAUCGUGAACAAAGCCCAAUAGGCGACAGUGUGGGCUCACAAACAGCCCAUUUGGGGGGGGCAAGGCCCAAGCAAAAGGGAGGGGACAUAAGGACAAGACACUAGAAGCCAAAGAGGGUCAGACUGUCAUGUGGGCCAGCGUCUGCGGGCGCCUGUCACGUGCCAGGAGUCUGACAAGGCGGUUGGGGUGUCUGACCAGAAAGGGACAAAGCAUUAAAUGAAGGCAGAGAGGUAGAGAAGAUCAACCUCGAACUCUGGUGAGUAUAAAUAGGGGCAGUUGGUAGCAUUUACACAGGUUGGACUCUCUCUCUCUCUCUAAACCCUAGCUUGAGACACUUUUCUCUGAAAAGGAACUAACUUGGGCGUCGGAGGAUUAACGGGCCCAGGCGCCCCCUCCUUGUUCGUGUGUGCAGAGCGGCGCCUAGUGAGAAGGGAUUCCAGAGGAUCGUGCGAGGGUGGCGUGUCUUAAACAAUUGGCGCGCCAGGAAGGGGAGUAUAGCCAGCAAUCAUGAGUGAAGAGGCGCCGAUGAAUGAAGAAAGGGAAGAAAUCACGGAGGAACAAUCGGAGCGAAUGAGAGGACAGACGCCCGAGACGGAAGGGGGUGAGGAAAGUGAGGGCGUGUUUCGGGGAUCCGAGGGCGCCUCGGUCACGAAAAAAGAAUUGUUCCGGAUCAUCGAAGAUCAGGAGGAGGCAAUAGAGGCGUUGCGGCGGGAAGUGGACGCCCUAAAGAGGAGUGAAGGGAUGACGCCCAGCCCGACGAAAAAAAGGGAAAGGAUGGAGGAGACGGAGAGCGAAUCAGGGUGUCUGAGGCGCCCCAGCCUAUGGCGCCAACGCGAUCACGGGGCGCCGGACGCCAGUGGGUGGAACGGAGGAAUCUUGGGACGCCUAUCACGCCAUUGCCCCGUGAGGCAGCCUCAGGCACGUUGCAUACUAUCGGAGCCCGCAGGAACGAACAUUCCCCCACUACCUGCCUAUGAUGGAACUGGAGACCCAGAGGACCACCUUAAUGGAUAUUUCACCAAAAUGAUAAAUGAUAAAUCGAUAAAAAGUUAGUGGAUCUUAUUGACACUAUGGUGAUGAUAUAUAUAGACGGGAGAAAGGGGAAAAAGACGUUAACUAAUCCUUAAUUCGAUGAGUUGAAUUAAAAAAAAUGAAGUAACAAUAAAAAAAAACAAAUGCAAUUGCACCAAUGGAGAUGCUUUAAGAUUCUCAAACCUAAUAAAAAUAGAAUAAUAAU